UAUCUACCAUACUUGAUAUUCAAGUUAGUUAAAAGAGACCUGUUUACUUCAUUGGACUAAAAUCUCAGGUGACAUAAAAUAGUCUUGUGUUUGCCAAGAAGGGAUAAACUAGGACAAAAAUGAUCUCAAUUUCCAACAUAAUUGAUACUUAAAAGGACCAGCAGUACAUCAUUAAAGCGUCAGGUGCUUGGAUGUGACAUCACUUAGGGGCGGGUCAACCGUGCAGCUACAAAAAGGCCCGUUUGAACCUAAUUAGUCAAGAGGCACUGGUGUCACAACACGGAGAUUGGCUGUUCUGUUUGCGCAACUUUAACAAAUUAGUGCGUCUUUAUUUGCCUGAACUAUUAAUGAUGAGCUGGACGGUGGCGAGCUCGGUUCUGGUGCUGCUGUGCUGGUGGGGGCUUCAAGAAGGCACCCAUGCCUGCACCUGCCUUCCGAGGCACCCCCAAGAGAUCUUUUGCCAAUCUGAUGUUGUCAUCACUGCCAAAGUUGGUAAAGUCAAGGAUGAUGGUGACUUUGACCAACCCAUCAAGUAUGACAUCGAACUUACCAGGACCUUUAAAGGCCCGGAAAGGCUCUUUCAUGCCAUCUACACCGCAUCUAGCUCUGCAGCAUGUGGAGUCAUUCUGUCCAAGGACACGGAGUAUCUAUUAAUGGCCAGAUUGCAUCCUGACGGCACUCUGCACAUUUCCUCGUGUGACUUCUAUCAGCCAUGGCGGGCUUUGACCUACACCCAAAAGAGCCUAUUGGAUCGUUACCAACAAGGCUGUAAUUGUAAGAUUGAGCCCUGCUAUUCCCUUCCGUGCGAUGUGAGCGGACCUAACGUGUGCCGGUGGACAGACUUUCUUCCGGGCGUGCACAGAGGCAACCAGACCCAAAACUACGCUUGCGUCAGAAGAAGAGAUGAUACUUGUGCGUGGUACAAAGGGCGUACCUCACCCGUCAAGGGAUAAAUGGAUUUCAUAAGCCAUUCUAA